AUGUAUGAUCAAACCAAUUCCAGACUCAACCCAAAUCAUGAUUCAUUCUUUAGCCAUUUAGAGCAAUAUUUAAAUGAUUUGCAACAAGAAGAAGAAGAAGCUUAUUCUCAACGGUUUACUCCACCCGAAAUUUGCUCUCUAUCAUCAUCAACUGAAAACAAUCUUCUAGUUUGUAAUUUUCAUCCUCCCAUCGGAAUAGUUUCAUCCAAUGAUGAUCCUCAUUCAUCAUCUUCUUCUCAACCAUCCCAAAUGGGAUUUAAUUGUUCCUCACAAAAAACUAUUUCAUCCAAUUUGGCUUUAAUUUUUGAUGGGUUAAAGUUUUUGCUAAUUUGCGGCAAGAAUAUGAGCAAACAACAAGCGAACAUUCACUCCAAUAACAUUUCUAAAAGAGGAGGCUUUGUAGAAAUAUUUAAUAAUCAGAAAUUGAGUGGAGAAGUGGAUUUUAUCAUUUGCGGAAGUGAAAAUUUUGAAAAAUACAAACAAUUAAUGCCUGUGUUUAAGAAUGUUGUUUCUCCAAAUUUUAUUAUUGACUGUUUGCAAGCUCAGAGGUUAAUAACUAAUAUUAAGAAAUAUAUUCCAGAACAAUCGCCAAAUGAAUCUUUUUCACAAGUGAAUUCUAUCAUCACAACAUCUCAAGAAACAACUCUCCAAGAUGCAUCACAUGUAGAAAAGGCAAAGAUGGAAAGAAAAAAUAGAUUUUUAAAUUCCUUUGUUUGUGUAAAUAAUACCACAAGUAGCGGCAACGGAAGCCCCAAUCAGGAGCUAGCGGAUUUAUUUGACAAGCUCUACAAGCAUUACAAUAGUAUGAAUGAACCUUUUAGGGCGAUGGCAUACAGAAAAGCUACAACCAUCAUUAAGGGAAUUUCAUUUAAAAUUACAAGUAUUGAUCAAAUAGCAGAAAUUUCUGGAAUUGGAGACAAGGUUAGAGAAAAAAUUAAAGAAUAUUUGCAAUUUGGUAAAAUAUCAAGAUUAGAAAGCGUCCAGACCAAUAAUGUAAAUACUGUGAUUCAAUCGUUCACAAAAAUAUGGGGCGUUGGUACAAAAACUGCUGAAACACUUUAUUCUCAAGGGUGUAGAAAAAUAGAAGAUAUCGAUACCUCUACUCUUAACCAUCAACAACUGAUUGGUUUAAAAUAUUAUUAUGAAUUUCAAAACAGAAUUCCAAGGGAAGAAGUUGAACGAAUUUCUAAAAUUGUACAAAAUAUUGCUCGAAAAAUUUCGUCCAACAUUAUUUGUGAAGCUGUGGGUUCAUUUAGAAGAGGAAAACAAGAUUGUGGUGAUGUAGACAUUUUAAUUAGCGUGAGAACUGGUAUUGAUGAUGUUUACAGUAGUAGCGCUGACAGUACUGACAGUGAGUCAAACAUUGAAAAUUUCUCUUUGGAUGGAUUGUUACAAAAAAUUGUGACAAAAAUGCAAGAUUUGAAAAUCAUUACUGAUACUCUUUCCAUGUCAUGUAAACUUCAUCUGGAGGAGGAUGAAAAUGAUACAUUUAUGGGUGUAUACUGCUUUGAUGAUGUUGGUAUCCAUCGUAGAAUCGACAUUAAGGUUUAUAGAAGAGAGCAUUACGCUUUUGCUUUGUUGUAUUUUACUGGGAGUGAUCAUUUCAAUCGAUCCAUACGAUUACUUUGCAGGAAAAAAGGUUAUUCACUUUCUGACAAGUCUCUUUGUGCCAACACUAUCAGAGACAAGAAGAGUAAUCGUAUACAUGAUGGUAUUAAGAUAUCAUGUGCGACCGAAAGAGAAAUAUUUGAAAAGAUUGGAAUUCCUUACAAAGAGCCACACGAAAGAGAUGUUUGA